UUCGGCGAACCAUCCACCUUAUCCAUUUCGGCUCCCGCGCAGAGGACGGCGACGGGCCCCGGCCGGUCAUGGCGGCGUCCAUGUCCAAGCUGCUCGCCCCGCCUCACUCGCAGCACGCUGCCACCUCCCGGCGCUUACUCCCUCCCCGCACAUGGUUCGCGCGGAGCCCGGCCGGCCGUCGAGUCGCGGCGCCGCCGUACAGGUUGGUACCGAGCGGUGCUGCUCUGCUCUCGCAACCUCACCGUGCCGUACCCGCGUGCCGCGUUGUUCAUUGUUGCAGUCUAGUGGCAGCAAGGCGCGUCGCCGCGAGCUGCGCCUCCGCAGACCGCGCCGGCACGACGAGCCUCGCCGCCGCCGAGGAGGAGGAGCUCGACGACCUGCCGUUCGUCCGGCUGUCCUCAGACAUCCUCCAGACAGAGCUGAGCCUGCUCACGGACGGCGCGCCCGCCGCCGACUCGUCUCUCUUCGCCGCCCUUGAGAGGAGGGACAGCGACGGCGAUCGCCUCUUGGGAGAAGCCGCUGCUUACCCGGCCGCCAUGACAGCGCUGUACGCGGCCUGCCUCGCCGGGAACGUGACCGAGCAGCUCUGGAACUUCACCUGGCCCGCCGCCAUCGCCACGCUCCACCCGAGCCUCCUCCCCGUCGCCGUCCUCGGCUUCUUCACCAAGCUCGUGGUGUUCGCGGCCGGCCCGCUGGUCGGGGAUCUCAUGAGCUCGCUUCCCCGGAUCCCCGCGUACCGAUCUCUUACUGUGAUCCAGACCGCAGCGCAUUGGGUGUCGGCCGCGAUGAUCGCGUACGCGUUCACGCUCCCCCGGGCUUCCACGGCGCCGGCGCUGCUCCUGCAGCCGUGGUUCGCGGUGCUGGUGGCGUCCACCGCCGUCGACCGGCUCUCCUGCGUCUCCCUCGGCGUCAUCGCCGAGCGCGACUUCGUCGUCCAGCUAGCCGGGGAAGGCAGGCCGAUCGCGCUGGCGCGGGCGAACGCGACGCUCAGCAGAGUCGACCUCCUCUGCGAGACGGCAGGGGCGUCAAUCUUCGCCGUCCUGCUCUCCAGGAACGACCCGCUGACCUGCAUCAGGCUCUCCUGCGCCAUCUCGUUCUGCGCUCUCCCCCUUCUGUUAUUUCUAGGUGGUGCGAUGAAUCGACUCGCUGACGGCAUCUUCGACCACGCUACCAGUCUGGGCUCGCUCAAGCGCUCUGAACAUGAGAGCACGCACACAACUAUAGCUUUCAGCAUCAAGAAAAAAGCUGAAGAGGCCUGGGCGACCAUCAGGCACGGCUGGACGGAGUACCUCCGGCAGCCCGUGCUCCCGGCGAGCCUCGCCUACGUGCUCGUCUGCUUCAACGUCGCGCUCGCCCCCGGCGCUCUCAUGACCACGUUCCUCAUCCACCACGGCGUGAGCGCGUCCGUGCUCGGCGUGUUCGGCGGGUCGUCGGCGGUGAUGGGGAUCCUCGCGACGUUCAUGGUUCCAAAGCUCGUCAAGGAGCUGGGCAUCCUCAAGGUCAGUCAGGCCGAGGCCAACUACGUCAUGCAUCCGUCCAGGAACAUGACAUCGUGUUCGAUCGUGCUAAUUCUGGAACUACAUGUCUUAGUCUUACUAUCUUCCGUUCCACCGCGACAGGCCGGAGCUGCUGGGCUGAUCGCUCAGAGCGCGCUCCUCGGCGCGGCGGUCCUGGUCUUCCUCACCGGCCCCGUCUCACAGCAAGGCGCCCUCUUCGUCUUUCUCGGCUUGAUCGUGGCGUCGCGGCUGGGGCACAUGGCGUACAGCGUGGUCAGCCUGCAGGUGGUGCAGACGGGGAACCCGAUGGGAAAGGCGAAGCUCAUCGGCGCGACGGAGAUCGCAGUGGCCAGCCUCGCCGAGCUCGCCAUGAUGGCCGUGGCGGUGGUCGCUAAGGACGCGGCACACUUCGGCUGGCUGGCCACGCUAUCGGUGGCGUCGGUGGCCGCGGCCGCGUGCCUGUUCUGCGCGUGGCUGGCCAACCCCACCAACGAGCUCAAGCGACUCUUCCCAUGCUGAUACAAGAGUCACACAUUCUGUUAACUGGUGUAGCUCCAAGUGUGCUAUAUGUCUACUGCCUAGCUCCAAAAUUUUGUUGCCAUGGGCCUGUUCGUGGAAGAAAAAUUGAUGGGGACGGCCCCAAGCUCCAAUCCCUGAGGACCCACCCUGGUCUUACCUGUUCGGUAGUGAUUCUUGCAGCCCUGCUGCAGCUGCAGCUGCCAAACAACAUGACAUACAUCCUGCCACUGAAACAGGAUCCUGGAGUGCAGGCUGCAGCCGUGGGUCACGUUUUCUUUUCUAACUUUUCUUUUUUCCCUUUCAUUUCUUUUUUCUUUGUCUUUCUCUCAUUUUCCUUUUGUUCAUCACGUUUAUUUUUUAUAUUUAUGGCAAUACUAACUUUUAUUUUAUAUAUUUUUUCUUUGUUUCUUUUUUAAAAUUAUUCUUUCUUUUAUACCAACUUGCUCUUCGUAUGUACAUAUUUGUUGAUACAUAAGAAUAUUUUGUUCGUGAUA